AUGUCACAUUGUAACGCAAACUAUCUUCAUUCUCGACUUUUCGCGGAUCCAGAAUGGUUAGGAUACCCGCACGACGGUUAUGAUCCGGUCUCGCUGCGCCAAUAUCUGGAAGUCCGACCGAGGAAUCAGUCUUCAAUGAACAUUCUGGCAGCAAGCUAUCAGAGUAUGCUCACAUUCGGCUUGUUAGAGGCAGUGAUCGAAGCACCAAUAGCAGAAGAUAUGCUGGUUCACAAGGAUCACAGCGGCAAGCUGGUUAUGACUACACGUCAUCUGGUCGACAUUAUGCGCAACUGGCUUUCUCGGAUCGAACAGACCCCGACACAGCUUUUGGAGCCGUGGUUCAAACGAGCUCGUGAGAAUCUGCGCUCAGCCCAUUCCCUUGUGGUAUCGUUGAUAACAAUAAAUUUCGCGCCAUUCGAAUUGCUCGGUGAUGCAAUGCCAUCCAUGGUGUGUUUCAUUGCAAUCAUCGCCGAGGCAUUAGUCAGCGCGCACGCAAGAAUGGCAUUAGGACUCCGUAUGCCUACUGAAGGCUUCUCGUGGUCUAUGAUCUGGGUACCGCCAAUUAGAAAGAUAUUGCAAGAAGAAUUGCAUGCAGUUGGAUGGUGUUCAUACACCACUGAAUACCUGAUCAGUACUACAUCAGUGUCAUCUUUGCGAUAUGUUUGCAACCAGGGUCCGAUAGACGAUGGCAAGAGCCACUCAGGUUGUACGCCACAGCAUUGUGUGGCUUAUGAUAUCGAUACUGCGACAUACGUCGCGAAGCACCACAGCAGGUGCAAAUCCUUAACGAAGACCCCGGAGACACUUUGUGAAUUCUUCAGACCGGUACUGGAGCAAGUCCUUAAUUGCAUUGAAAAUGGCCAAAUACCCGUCGUCACGCUCAAUUCUUCCGGUCUUGAAGUCCACAAAUCGACUGACAUUCCAUAUGUUGCGUUAUCUCAUGUGUGGGCAGAUGGUCUUGGGAGCACGUCGGAAAACGGACUUCCUCUAUGUCAGCUGCAACAGUUGAGCGCACUUGUAUCUACAUUGCGUCCAAAUGCGGCUUUCUGGAUAGAUAGUAUAUGCGUUCCGAAGGCGGAGCUUGCUCGUAAGAAAGCCAUUGGUAUGAUGGCACGCACCUACCAAGACGCCGAAGCUGUUUUGGUGUUGGAUAGCAGUCUACAGCUCAUGAAUUCUACUGAGUCGCUUGGUGCGAAACUGCUCGCAGUCUUGACUUCGGGUUGGAUGCGACGACUCUGGACACUGCAGGAAGGUGUACUGGCGAAGCAACUCUACAUACAGUUUGCCGACACUCACAAAGCGUUAGGUGACCUGAUUCCUCCCAUUAGCGAUAUGUUACUACAACCAUACCAGACAGAUCUAGCCGCGGAGCUGUUUCGACUGAUGAAGCGGUCUGGCUACGGCACCUACACGAUUGGUGAUGUGGCCCGAUCAUUACGCUGGAGGGACACAACCCGAGCUACAGAUGAAACCUUGGCCAUUGCGAGUCUUUUGGGUAUCCAAGUCCUUCCUUUUCUUGACUUGCCCGGAGAGAAGCGUAUGGCACUACUCUUCAAGGAACUCCAUACAUUUCCUAAGAACAUACUCUUUCUUCUUGGAUCCAAAUUGGACAUUCCGGGGUCUCGCUGGAUUCCUGUGUCACUUAUGGCGGCUCAAAAUGGCAGCAAAAGUGGUAUAGAAAUAGCUUCGCAAGGAGCUGACGCCACCUAUACAUCCGAAGGCCUCCAGGCAACAUACUACGCACUAUCUUUCCCAGAAAGGACUAUCAAGACGGGUAAACCUUGGAUGAUACGAGAUAAGAAGUUGAAUCGGCUGUAUGAAGUAGUUGAAUUGCCGAGUACAACUGAAACAACCUACCAGUGCAGCAUGGUCUUGACCAUGACCUCCAUACCUCGUGGGAGUGCUAGCCCGUGCGUGACUGCGCUUGGAAGCAAAAGACCUCCAGAGCCUAGUGCAGAUGGCUCGUUCACAGUUCCUUGUGAGUACCAGCGGCGGCUGGUGUUAGUUGAUGUUGCAAAAGAUGGUCCGGCAAUGAAGGGUGUAGAGAGUGUGGUGGAUGCAACUGCAUCUGGGAUGUUACAGUCGGAUACAUAA